AAUAUGUAUUAAAAGGGCACUUACCUAUAUUUUAUUUAAAAUUAAAAAUGAAUAAAUAUCGUUGUUAGUAUUAUCACCAUAAACAAUGCUUUUAUUUUGUAGAUACUCGUCAUAAAUUUUCUUUCUGGUUUGAGACAACGUAAUGACGUUUGUCAAAUUUGGAUGUAAUGUAAUUUAAAUUGUGCUAAUUUGUGACUUUAAUUUUAUUUAUUAGGUAUUAAUAAAUCAAAUAUAACAAAAUGCUAAUACCGACGUGUUUAAUAAAGUUUAUGGAAUUAUCAUUAACUAUAGCAUGCCUCACGUUACACCACUACAGUUACGACCUGACAGAUCUUCCCACAUUGAUGCUUUGCUCUGGAACAUAUGUAGGAUUCAUUGUCGUCCUCUCGGGAGAAAUUAUAGGAGAAACAAUUUCAGCGGCAGCGGACCCAUACAUAACUUCGUGGUGGGCGGCGGCGGGCGCCAUGUUGUUCGGCGCUUGUGGCGCCCUCACCCUCAACGCGUGGAAAGACAUACCCAAGUCGGACAGGCACAUGUUCGCACAGAUUCUCGCCGUGUGUUCGCUGGCCGCUGCAGCAGUGUUCGCCAUAGAUUCUCUCAUUUCCAUUUGCAAUGGCCGCAAGUACUCCGACGACAGCGUCAAACCCGAGCCUUGUGGUGGCGGAGCCCGUGUUUACCAGUAACGUUUACAAUAUAGGCAUUAAUUGCAAAGUUUUUUAUUUAUUGAUCAUAUUAUCUCUCGAUAUUUCCGUAGAUAGGCAGUGUUAUGUUGUAAAAUCUAUAAAAUUGGUUACACAACACGUGCGAGCACAAAAGUCAGUACAAAAUUGUUGAAGUUAUGAUCAAAAUCGGUCGGACAUCAUCACCAUUUUCUUACAUUUCCAAGUUGCCAUCUAGAGAAAAGGUAUGCUACCACUAGGCUUACUUGACCAGCUUAAGCAUGCUGCGAAAAAGUAAGAGUGACAUGCGUUCGCUUGCGCCCCGUUUGUUCGUAGUGAUUUGUUUAAAGAAAUAUAGAUGGAGCUCUCAGAUAUUUACGUGCUGUUGGACUCUAGGACGUGGAAGACUGUCAAAUCAAAUAUUGUUUAUUUAUAGGUACUCUACAAGUUAGCUUAUUUUUAACCCUUCAAUGUUCCAUUAUAAGCAAAAUUAUAUUUAUAAAAUAAUGGUGAAUAUGUAAUUUUAGCUGUGGUGAUCCUGUGGUUUAAGAACUAUGAUCCACCACGAAGUGUAAAACUAAGCUGCUAGGCAUAUGAUUUUAGUUAGGUUGACGUGCUGAAGUCUGUUGACCGUUAUGAUAUUUAAUUCGAAAUAAGGUAGUAAAUAAAAUAAUUUUUGAGCAACACUCCUUAUUGGUAUAAGCUAUGUUGUAAUAUCUUUUUUACAUUCAUUUCAAAUAAAAUAAAGAGGAUAUUAAUUAGAUUGUUACCUCAACAUCCUCAAAAUAGAGUCGUCGCCUCAUGUUAAUUAAGUCACAAACAACUCAUUUGGCCUGAGUUAUUUGAGCACAUUUGAUAUAAACCUCGAAGGACGAAUUGUUUAGAAUAUUGCGUAAGCCUUUGCGAUAUUUCGGUACUAGUUCUAAGAACUACAACAUUAGAAUUUAUCAUACAGGGUAUUUUUAUUCAGUGCACAUAUUUUCACAUUGUGCUGAGUAUGUUAUAAAACAACUUGGAAAGGAAAUUAAAGUGAAAGAAUAACCUGUAACUUCGAUUUUUCAUACUAAGUUGAUUCAAAUUCGUCAAAUUGUAUGGAAGAUCUAAAAAUUUUUGUCAUACUUAGGUAUCAAUUUUUUAGUAUACUAACAAAGUUUAAUCAUCCGUAUCUACUCACUUUUGUU